AUGUCAGUAUCACAGGUGCGGCAGAGCGUGAGUGAGAUCCUCGGGCUUAAUGCACAGGAGGAGACGCCCGACUGGAACAGCGGCAGAUUGAAAAGAAUGGCUGCGACAACAGCCACACUGUACAACGUAUCGCUGAACAAGGUAAUGCUCAAGCAACCGGAGGAGAUUGCUCGGUGCCAUAUCUGUGCUUACCUGGCAGCAGAGAAAUUGAGCGAGAAGUACGAGCCAGAGCUACAGUACUACCGGGAGAAGAUCCCGCUGGAGCCGCGCAAAACGGUCAAGUUGGUGGGGCUGUUCAAGCAGACUCUGUGGACCAGCUCGCCCGUCCGCAAUCUCAACCUGUCGCCGAGUCCGAAGAAGGAUGGGGGGCGUCUGUCGGCGAGAGAUCCGGUAGAGCUGCGCGCUGAGCUCUUCGGGACGCCGGUAAAGCGCGCGGGCGCCGUGACGCUGCCUGGCGCGGGCGAGCUGUCGCCGACAAAACAGCUGUCACCCAGCAAGCCGAUGUCGCCGGUCAAACCGAGCCCGCGGCGGCGUCUGGCGUUCGAGGACGAAGAUGAAGACUACGAACCAGAUGCCUCGCCACAGCCAUCACCUCGGCGCUCUAUUUUUCCAGGCGGGUUUGAGCCCGACCCAGAUGAGUCUGAGUUUGACUCACCGACCAAGUCGCCGUUCAAAUCCCCCACACGCUCGCCGACUAAGUCUGCGCAGAGCUCGCCGCGGAAGAAGCGUGGUGAGUAUAACCAAUGGAACAUGCUGUACAAGAAGUACUACCGCAUCACGCCUGAGGAAAUCGUCGGGCUGUGUAAUCAGUUCGAGCUGCCCUCCCGGGUAGCCUUCCAGGUCCUCGACUGUUUUGGGAUGCACGCCACGUACCUAGUGUAUCCUGCGCAGCUCGUUUGCGGUCUUGUUAUGCUGUGCUGUUUUGUGGUCCAUCACCGCAAGCGCGCCAGUGACCCGACCAUCGACGAUUACCUGCUGAAGAAAAUGUGUGCAUUGCUGCGCUCUAACAGCACCAGUGAUGUCCUGGAAGCCAUGAAAAUUACCAAGGAGCUGCUGGACGGGGAGAAUUGGUAUCGCGCCCUAAAGAUUGAGUACGAUUACUACGAUGCGGCAGAUUUCGAGCAAAGUCUGGCGAUCCGUCUAGGGAGCAUGCUACAAAAUAGUAACGUCAUUGCGUCCACCGAACAGUUUGAGGAGUGGAAGAAAAAGGUUAUGUUAGAUCUUUCGUUACGUGAUGGUUCCUGA